UUUUCCCUUCUCACUUUGUCGUGAUUGAUGCCAUGAUCGUUCCAACGAGCAUAGCUUGACGUUAAGACGGUUGCAGCAGGCGGACAAAUCGAUGCCAUUGGUGCUCUUCAAAUUUCUUUCUCCCUCUCUCUCAAUCAUAUUUAGUAUCGACGCUUUCCACCUCCAAAAAAAUGGGCGUAUUUGGGAAGAAAAAAGAGGCCGAAGCGGCCUUUGGGCCAGCACUAGCAGCUGUUCUUCCGGCCCAUCCAAAGCCAUGGUACUUGACGCCUCAUCUGUUGAAGCUCAACCUGCUUCUGCUAGUACCGCUGUUGUCAUCGGCGUCUGUCGGCUAUGAUGGAUCGAUGAUGAAUGGGUUACAGACGCUGCCACAAUGGCGUCAGUUCUUUGGGAAUCCCGAGGGUGCAAUUCUUGGCCUCAUGAACGCCGUCUACCCGCUCGGCAAGGUCGUCGCCCUGUUUGUCGUCACGUACGUUGGCGAUCGGUGGGGUCGCAAGCUGCCCCUCUCCAUCGGGCUCGUGGCAUGCAUUGCCUUUGCCGUUCUCCAGGGCCUCGCACAGGGAUUGCCGAGCUUCGUGAUAGCUAGGGCACUGCUGGGAUUCUUCACUACCUUCAUCAGUCAGCCAAGCCCCAUCAUUAUCACCGAGCUCGCAUACCCCACGCAGCGAGGUAAGGUGACUGCUCUGUACAACACGUUUUUUUACUUCGGGUCUAUCUUUGCCGCUUGGUGUACCUUUGGAACAUUCAAGAUUGCCUCCACCUGGAGCUGGCGAAUUCCAUCUCUGCUUCAAGGUGCCGUUCCCUUGUUUCAGUUGCUUGGGCUCUACUUUCUUCCUGAGUCCCCUCGUUGGCUCAUGCGUCGUGGCCGCAAGGAAGAGGCACGCAAAAUUUUCGCCAACUAUCAUGCUGGCGGUGACCUCAACAGCCCCUUGGUCGAGUUCGAGAUGCGUGAAGUAGAGCUUACGCUCGGCGAAGAGGCAGAGGCGAUAUCCGAAUCCUCCUGGCUCGAGCUUGUCCGAACACCAGCCAACCGCAAGCGUACGCUUAUUGCCGUAAUCUUGGGCUUCUUUUCACAGUGGAAUGGUGUGGCAGUAGUGUCAUAUUACCUGACGCUUGUGCUUAACACCAUCGGCAUCACCGAAGUCAAGGAUCAAACGCUGAUCAACGGAUUACUCCAAAUUUUUAACUGGAUUAUCUCUACCUGCCUCGGAGCGUUAAUGGUGGAUCGACUCGGACGACGACCCCUGUUCCUGAUAUCGACCGCGGGCAUGCUUGCCAGCUACAUCGCUUGGACCGGCCUGACGUCCCAUUUUGUCGCCAGUCGUGAUGAGGCUACUGGAAGAGCAGUUGUCGCCUUCAUCUUUAUCUUUUACUUCUUUUACGACAUUGCGUGGACGCCUCUCCUUCAAGCGUAUCCCGUCGAGAUUUUCCCCUACACUCUUCGUGGGCGUGGGCUGUCCAUCACCUAUGUUUCUGCCUUUACUGGUCUCAUCAUUGGUAACCAGGUUAAUCCGAUGGCGAUGAAAUCAAUUGCGUGGAAAUACUACAUAGUCUUCUGCUGCAUCCUAGGUGCCCUAUUUGGUCUGAUUUGGUUUCUGUUUCCCGAAACUAAAGGCCAUACCCUGGAAGAAAUUCGCGAAGUCUUCGAGGGCAAACCCGUCGGCAAGACCGUUGAUAUUGAAGGAGGCGAUGACGAGGACGGAAAGAAGGACGGAAAUGUGAAGCAAAUCGAGUUGGCUUGACGGAGUUGACCACCCACUGCCUAUUGCUCGCCAAACCAUCAGUAUGGCAGAUAGCCGCUUGGUGUAAUACGCACAUUGGAAGCGAGCGUGCCAUGUUCUGCCGUGAACAAUAACAAGCAUCAACAAGGAAAUCCAGUCUGAGCCAAAGAGAGUUGUUCUUUCACCGUUUGGAAUUGGCUGCCCACUCAUUUAGUUUAUCCAUGUCCUAACUUUCCUCCUUUUCUUUAGCGUUUUGCUCAACUACUGCUUUCUUGAUCAUUUCUUCAAGUCUAGUUACUCCAAACAGCCAACACACUUUUAUAAAUGCCCAAUACCAAAGACAUUCUUGUUUUAGAAUGGCUGACUACUGCUCUACUGCAUUGGUUUGGAGGCUCGCCGUUCCAUCUAUUUCAAGGUAAAUUCUUAACCCCCAUAACUUA